UCACAUCGUCCAUGCGCGCGCGCCGUCUCCCGAUCGUUGAAUAUAAUCCUCCACUCAACCAGCCACUGAGUCCUCAGCAUCAGUACGCUGUUAACAGCCGAGACGCUAACAUUGUCUGUGCGCGCGCGCGAUCUUCCGAUCAGCGAAUAGAAUCCUUCACUGAACCAGCCACUGAGUCCCUCAGCAUCAGUACGUUGCUAGGAGCCAAAACGCUAACAUCGUGUGCGUGCGCGAUUCCUCGAUCGCCGAAUAUAAUCCGCCAGUCAAGCAACCACUGAGUCCCUCAGGAUCAGUACGCUGCUAACAGCCGAGACGCUAAUAUCUUGUGCGCGCGCGCACGCUCUCUCGAUCACCGAAUAUAAUUCACUUAACCAGCCACUGAGUCGUUUAGCCUCAGUACGCUGCCGAUAGCCGAGACGUUAACACCGUGUGCGCGCGCGCGCGGUCUCUCGAUCAGCGAAUAUAAUCCACUCGACUAGCCACUGAGCCGUCCCUUAGCCUCAGUGCACUGCCGACCGUCGAGAUGUAAAUAUUGUGUGUGCGUGCGCGUUCUCUCGUUUACUGAAUAUAUUAUUUCGAGUUGUUUUAACGCACUCUAUUCGCAAUUGUUGAUGGACUCUCGUGGGGUAAAUCACUUGUGGUGUCAAUAACUGAAUAUGAACGAUCGUGUGGUAUUAAAUUGAGGCGUCAGGAGCGAUUAUUUUUCCGCGCAUCGAGGGAGCAUUUCGUGAACUCGUUUGGUGGGUUAGUUUCGGGAGACGACCCGUGUAGGGAGGUUACGGAGGCGAGGUAGUCAGUGAGUGAGGAAAAAAAACACCUCAAGGACAGAGGGGGCACUGCAAAAUCUCGCGCCUCAACUUCUUUGUUCUUAUCGUAAACAGUAAAAACUAAAAGGGACAGCGGGACUUUCGAGGUUUUCGCCUUCUCUGUAGAUUUUUCACAGUGGGGAGUUUCAACUCGGUUUACUCAACGUGUCUCAAUUACUCCCCUUUUUGGAGUGACUAGUGAAGUGGUGGAAAAGCGGGAGAUGUUAACAACCAUAAAAGAGAUAAAUUAAACAUUUGUGAUUGAACGAUAUUUUUUUUUUUAUUUGUAAUCGUGCUGAGGAGCCUUGGAUAUCACGUUUUCUUUCUGUCCUCGAAAUGCCGCCGCCUGGUCGUAAGCAACGCUAGCCGGGUCCGGAAGAGAUGUCCUCGAUACUGGGUGAUGGAACGGGUCCGGGUGGACCCGGGCCAACGAGGUGUUUGCUUCUUCUGCAGAGAUCAAUUGCAAUUCAACUCAGUCGUGGACCACCUCCCUCUGUACUCACCACCAAUCAGCAUGACACCACCAAGGAGCAUCAUCCAGCUGACGAGAUGUGGAUGUACGACAAGGGGUACAAUUUAUUCCAAAGUUUCUUGGAGGCCAAUUCCAAGUGUUGGUGGAAUGCAGCGUUGGUGGAUGCUAUGAGGCAAUUGAGGUACAAGGGACAUGUGUCACCGGGUGUUUUGAUGGUGGGGGGUCCACCAUGUGCAUUGGAAGUACUACGGGCAGCGUGGUCCCGUAAUGUACUCAGACCACCAGCUGAUCAUGCCAUCACGUGUCUCGGUGACAUUGAAGAUUGCCUAGUGGCACCCGUAUCCCAAGGACAAUUUACCCCCCUGCCAGAGGCCCUUUGCUGGGCAAUUCUGGAAUUAACAUCGCAACGACAAGCUGCCACCCUUGACACGCUCCGUUCAGCCCUGAGGAAUGCCUUCCCGACGAUGCAGCGACCUGGUCGUGACUUGGUUUACGAUGCACUAGCCAAGUUGAUGCAAGAGAGAAAGAUCUAUCACACGUCACAGGGGUACUUUGUCGUAACACCGGAGACAAGACGGCUGAGAAGAGACUCGGGUGGAUCGAGGAGAAAUUCACGUGAUGUGGGGAGUUGCAGGGGACAGGGUGGUAUGUUGAUGAGCAAUGAUGAGGCGAUGGCACUCGUUCACGGUGAAAUGAUCACCCUCAGGGAUGGUAAUGUGACGCAUCAGGCUGUACAAACGAAUCUCGCUGACGUCAUUUGUGGAGGUAAUCCAAACGAUAAAGUACUCUUCGCGAGGUGCAGAUCAGUGCCAGGACGAUUGGAGAGGCGGCAUUCGUUGAGACUGUGGGGUUCAGCUCGUAGAUUACACAGAAGCGGAAGUUCCCGUUCAUUACCACGAAGACCGGAGAGAAGUGACACCUCAUCAAGCGCCGAGUAUGCCAGUACAGACAGUGCGCCUCACAGUCCCACUAGUCUGUCUGGUAUAUUUUCAGAGAAGAUAGGCCUACUAUCAAGGCUGUUUCGGCGCAGUACGAGGAGGAAGGGAACACCGUUGAUGGGUACCUUCAGUGCUCAGUAUCCGCCUACUGAGUGGUUUAAUCCCAGAGUCGUUCAUCUCCACAGUGUUGCAACGCAAACACGAGCUGCUAGUCCAUCGAUGAUGGAAGGGUUGGACCAGUCACAAGCCAGUUUCCAAGUGUGGGAUGACUCGAGUUCAGUGCGUUCAGCGACUUUACCUCGUCGUCACAGACGCCAGCCAAGCGGUGACUCCACUAGCCUGUUGGCAAAUUCAACGCCGCGCAGCUCACGACGACAUCGCUCACCGUGCUCCACCUUACCGCGCUCAAAGUGCUCGAGCCUGAGUCGAUGCACCUCCAGGGCGUCUGUAUUACCAUCGAGUGCAAGCCAGGAUCCUUAUCAGGGCAGGGUACAGAACCAGAAUGGUAAACACUCGAGUAACUCAUCGCCAAGCAGAAGUGGUGGUAGUUCUGGCUCCGUUAGAGCUACUAACGGAAGUCCGGCUAAGACAGGGACACUUGGAAGGUCGAGUACAAGGCACAGCUCGAGAAGGCCGAGUCAUGAUUCGACUGGGAGUGGUACUAAAUCCUCGAAUAGCUCCCCACAACAUAAAAUUCUGCAGAAAACCUGCUCAACUCAGUCAACCCACUCCAGUCUAAAAUCGACUUCAAGUGGCAAACUCUCCUCCUCCCCUCUGAAGACCACCACAAUAUCAUCAAAGUCAUCACCCCUCAAGAUCAUCCAACAAGGAGCUCUAACCCCGCUCCAAGAGGCCCAAAAUUCGAUAACCCUUCAAGUAUCUACAAACCUCUCCCCCGUUAGUCCACCCCAAGAACGUGCCAUCUCCAGCAGUGUAACCCUGGCGUCAAAUGCCUCCAGUACUACCACUAUAUCCGGCUCUCCGGGAACCAAGAUCUACGUCCACCAAAAUAAUUCACCAAUGCGUUCCGUAAUAACAUUCGAAAACGGUACAGCCAAGAACGUAACCGAGAAGGACACGUGUCCCAGCAAUAAGGAGAAACAAGAGUUGGUGAAUGAAAAAGUGCAGAAGGCAAUGCUGGAGAAGGAGAAACUGGUAAAUUCUAAAACAGAUGACGAGAAGACCCGCAAAGUCGAGGAGGACUGGAAACCGAUUAAACUGGAGAGACCGUCAUCCCUGUACGCUACAAAAGACCUUAAAUCAGAAUCUGAUAAGGAGAAUAAACCAAAGGUGGAUGAGGACGCGCCUAACAAGCUUAAACUCACAAAUCGCUUGAACAACAGUCAAGCACAUCUGAUCGAUGGUUCUGCCAACAAUAUUGACAAGAAUUCUAUUGACAACUCAACUGUAUCUGCUCCAACAACCAAGAAUACAAAUGACGCGAUGAAUAACUCUAGAAAGCUCAGCCUAUCCCUAUCGAAAGAUGCUUUGAGCUACCGUAACCUUCUCCAUCCAGGUUCGAAAAACAAUAUCUCAUCGAAUCCCCCAUCCCCCACAAAAUCGUUUGACGGUUUUGGAGGCUCCUUUAACAAUGUCUACAUCGAAAAUCUCGAGAGUGUGAAGAGCCACAGAGCUCCUCAGGGGUCAGAACCAAAUCUCGAGAAGACUGUGAGUCGAGGGGAUCUGUACUCCUAUCCAAGCCUGAGUGACAUGCAGGUCCAAUUCACCAGUCUCGCUGCCCAAAAGAUCCUCAAGGGUUGCCCAAUCAACAGCGUCGACACCCUCGUCGAAGUCAACAUGGCAGCCGCUGAGAAACCCAACAAUCGAGAUGUUACUGUGCACACUGACUUCGGUCUCGUUUGAAGAAAAACAUGAGGUAGCCUUGUUCAUUCAGAUACAUUGAAAGUUAUUUUACACAAGUUUUUUUUUUAACCAAAUUAUGAAGUAAUAUUUUUGAGUCAAGGAAAAACGAGCUUAGAAGUAGAUGUUUAAUGUUAUAGAAAUACACAUUAUAUCACAGCUCUGGUUAAUCGAGGGGAGUCUGUGCCAGCCAUUCCAACGAAAAGUAUUCGAUAGUUGAUUCAUAGUGGCCUGUAAUAUAGUAAGAUUUCAGUUAUUUUCAAGCAUAAGAUUAAUACCUUUCAACAUGAGACAAAAAUAUAAAAAAACCCCAUUAUGUUUUUCAAAUUUUUAAUGAAUUUAGCCAUGACAGUGUCGUAUAUAUAAAUAUAAAACUCGCCUUGAAAUUAAAAUACGUAAAUCAAUCCUGUCCUGUAAUUAAAGAAAAAGAAAUUAACAAUAAAAUGUCAUUCAUAAUUCGUGAAAGAAUAAAUCCGUAUUUUUUAUUUUACGCGGUAGAUUGAAAAUAGCUCUCGUAAUUAGUGAAAAUAAUGAGAGAAUGUUUUUUUUAAUCAACGAGCUUCCUCACAGUGAGUCAAGGCCUCUCGUGUCUCGAUCUGGAUCCAAUUCAAAAGUUCAUAGAACAAAAAUAUAAGUGGAAAUUGUGUAUCGUCCGCAGCUUUGCAUCAUUUUACAACGUUAAAACGAUUUGCUAAAGCGGAAUUUCUCUUCGACGGUUACUUUUGUUGAGAUAUCCUCGAAGAGUCUCGUUAGGCCUUGAAAAUUAAUCCAACAUUUCGGUAGAAGCGAAAUGUUGAAAAUCAUGUAAACAGAUACAAUAACGGUAAAGCAUGUAUUAUAUAAACAACGAGAUGUAGAUUAAAGGAAAUAUAUUGAAUAUUAGAUAUCGAAUCAAUGAAAUUCACUCACAAUUGAUGAAUAAAAUUUUUCAUUGAAUAAAAAUACUAGUGAAAAGUACUAGUGCUAAUAAAAAAAAUCCGUCUGAAUGCCAAAACUGUAGUACUAAUUCCAUUCGCCUUAACGGUUAGCAGAUUUCGGUAAGAAUUUAUAUGAAUCAUUAACUGCGAUUACUGCUGCCGUUUUCAAGGAAAAUUAGAGAUGCAGAGAGUAAGUGCACAAUCGCAAUGAUUACGUCAAUAAUGUUAUGAGAGAGAACUAGAGUAACUCGGCUUUGUACAUUUAUAACUUGCAUUAUAUAGAAUUAUGAUCAACAGUUAAGAUUCCGUCGCAUGAAUCAUUUCCUUUCCCAUUUUUUUACAAACUAACGAUCUGAAUUUCUCGACUCCACACUAAAAAUUAUCGAAACAACUUGUAAAUUAUCGAAUAGAUUAGGUGUUAUUCAUAAGAUCAAUGUUAUUACAACUUUGUAAUGUAAAAUAUCAAGUUUACUCAGCAAUAAAUAAGCUUUGGUUUAAAUAAAGAAGACGAGUAAUCAA